UUGGCAAAGUAAAAAUGCUCACUAACAGGGAUGUAAACAAAUGUUAGCACAAAAGUUUUGAUAAAUAAGCUUUUUGUGUGUCUGGAACAUUUCUGGGAUCUUUUAUUUCAGCUCAUGAAACAUGUGACCAAAACUUUACAUGUUGCAUUCAUAUUUUUGUUCAGUAUAUAUAUGCCAGUGAUGUCAAGACAUUGUGUAUUGUAAUUUCUGCUGCCAUGGUUAGAGCAUUUGCAGAUCAAUUUGUAUGACAAAUAGUUAUUUGACUCAUGCAGUGUUAGUUUAAAUGUAUGUAAUGAAAGCUCUACACAUGUAUUUAACUUAACCAAAGACCAACAUGUCCUCAUUAAACUGUUCACAGGUAUCAAAGGUAGAGGGAGGAGCCUGGUACUUUAACACUGGAUACAGAAACCUUUGAUGGCCAAAAUCAUGACAUCACAGAGCCACAAAUCGCAGUCCUGCUGUGGGUUUGGUCCACCGUUUGGAUGUCAUGUAACAACAUUUCCCAGGUUACUGUUAAUGUUGUUUCUGGGUCUAAGUCCAGAGACAUGGGCUCAGCAGGGCACACAACCACACUCCAUCAAGAUUGAGGGGGACAUCACCCUGGGUGGCCUGUUCCCAGUGCACUCCCGUGGGCCAGCCGGUGUGCCCUGUGGGGAGAUCAAGCGGGAGAAAGGUAUCCACCGUAUGGAGGCCAUGCUGUAUGCCCUGGAUCAGAUCAACAGUGACCCUGACCUCCUGCCUAACAUCACACUGGGGGCCAGAAUCCUGGACACCUGUUCUAGAGACACCUACGCCCUGGAGCAGUCGCUAACCUUCGUCCAGGCCCUCAUCCAGAAGGAUAAUUCAGACGUGCGCUGCUCUAAUGGCGAGCCACCCAUCAUUCCCAAACCGGAGAGGGUGGUCGGAGUAAUCGGGGCAUCCGGCAGCUCAGUGUCCAUCAUGGUGGCCAACGUGCUGAGACUCUUUGCGAUCCCCCAGAUUAGUUAUGCGUCCACAGCUCCAGAGCUGAGUGACAAAAGCCGCUAUGAGUUCUUUUCCCGUGUGGUCCCUCCUGACUCCUACCAGGCCCAGGCCAUGGUGGACAUCGUCAAGGCUAUGGGGUGGAACUAUGUAUCUACACUGGCCUCAGAAGGAAAUUACGGAGAGAGUGGUGUCGAUGCCUUCCUCCAGAUAUCUCGAGAGGCAGGAGGUCUAUGCAUCGCCCAAUCCAUUAAAAUCCCCCGAGAGCCCAAACCAGGGGGCUUUGAUAAGAUCAUUAAGAGAUUAAUGGAGACCUCUAAUGCUCGUGGGGUCAUCAUCUUUGCCAAUGAGGACGACAUCAGACGUGUCUUAGAGGCAGCAAAGAGGGCCAACCUGACGGGUCACUUCCUUUUUGUGGGCUCUGACAGCUGGGGGGCCAAGAGCUCGCCCAUCCUGGACCAGGAGGAUGUGGCUGAGGGGGCUGUCACCAUCCUCCCUAAGAGGGCCUCCAUCGACGGUUUUGACUCCUACUUCACCUCAAGAUCUCUGGAAAACAACAGAAGGAACAUCUGGUUUGCUGAAUACUGGGAGGACGACUUCAAAUGUAAACUGACCCGAGCAGGUAUCAAGUACGACCUUGGUAGGAGAAAAUGUACAGGUGAAGAGAGAAUCGCUCAGGAAUCUCAGUAUGAGCAGGAAGGGAAGGUACAGUUUGUGAUUGACGCGGUGUAUGUCAUGGCCCAUGCCUUACACAGCAUGCACCUGGACCUCUGUCCGGGCUCCAUGGGUGUCUGUGAGAAGAUGGACCCAGUGGAAGGGAGUCAGCUGCUCCAAUACAUUCGCUCAGUCAACUUUAAUGGCAGUGCAGGGACUGGGGUCAUGUUCAAUGAGAAUGGAGAUGCUCCUGGUCGCUAUGACAUCUUCCAGUUCCAGCUCUCAAACACCACCAACCCUGGCUACCGGUGUAUUGGCCAGUGGACAAACUAUCUACGACUCAAUGCUGAGGAGAUGCAGUGGUCGGGUGGGGACAGUGCAGUCCCUGACUCGGUGUGCAGUUUCCCCUGUGAGCUAGGAGAGAGGAAGAAGAUGGUGAAGGGUGUGCCCUGCUGCUGGCACUGCGAGCUGUGUGACGGAUAUCAGUACCAGCUGGAUGAGCUAAACUGUGACAUGUGUCCCUUCGACAUGCGUCCCAUGCCAAACCGGACGGGCUGCCGGUCCACACCCAUUAUCAAGCUGGAGUGGAGCUCCCCCUGGGCCAUCAUCCCUGUGUUCCUGGCUGUCUUGGGCAUCUUAGCCACCUCUGGAUGCAUCAUCACCUUCAUCCGCUUUAACAACUCCCCCAUCGUCCGGGCCUCCGGCCGGGAGCUCAGCUAUGUUCUCCUGACAGGCAUCUUCCUCAUCUACCUCAUCACCUUCCUCAUGAUUGCAGAGCCCAGCGCCCCAGUAUGUGCAUUCCGCAGGCUGCUGCUGGGCCUGGGCAUGUGUAUUACCUACUCAGCUAUGCUCACCAAGACCAACCGCAUUUACCGUAUUUUUGAGCAGGGCAAGAAAGCAGUCACGCCACCUCCGUUCAUCAGCCCUGCUUCUCAGCUCAUCAUCACCUUUAUACUCAUUGGAGUGCAGUUACUUGGAGUUUUCAUCUGGUUCGGAGUGGUGCCCCCACACACCAUCAUAGACUAUGAGGAGCAGCACCCGCCCAACCCAGAGUUUGCACGUGGGGUCCUGAAAUGUGACAUGUCCGACCUGGCCCUGGUCCUCUGCUUGAGCUACAGUAUCGUGCUGAUGGUGACCUGCACUGUGUACGCCAUCAAGAGCAGAGGGGUGCCAGAGACCUUCAACGAGGCGAAACCCAUUGGCUUCACCAUGUACACCACCUGCAUCGUGUGGCUGGCCUUUGUGCCCAUCUUCUUUGGCACAGCCCAGUCUACUGAGAAGAUGUUCAUCCAGACCACCACCCUGACGGUGUCCAUGAGCCUGAGUGCCACUGUGUCGCUCGGCAUGUUGUACAUCCCUAAGGUCUAUGUCAUCAUCUUCCUUCCGGAGCAGAACGUGCAGAAACGCAAACGCAGCUUCAAGGCUGUGGCUUCAGCAGUGACCACACAACUCUCCCAGAAAGAAGACAAGCAGAACGGAGAGUCCAAAAGUAGCGCCAUAGUCCCUGACAGAUCACAGUGA